GUCGUCAGGGGCCACGACCAGACCUUACUAAUUGUCAGUCCGCGGCUCCUGGCAUGAUACCUCUGACACCGUCCGCCCUUAUAAGGGUAGCCGAGCCACCGACUUGCUACUUGUUUUACUAGCGGUGUCGGGGUUACAACCCCAGGUUCUAACUUUCACAACCCGGACCCGUCUUCUAGCGUAGCGUAUCAGAUAACGUGAGCCUGGUGUCUAGGCUAGCUCUACCUCCACCUUCCCAGCAGUCCGUCGUAGCUCAUGCAGGACUAACUAAACCCAGACUUACAUCUCAAGAGGUCCUUCUCGACUACCCGGGAUUAUCUGCUGAUAUCUGUGUGUCCACACUUGUGACUUUUUCGUUCCUUCAAGCGGAUAUCAACUUGCCCGUGUCAGUGUUUCGCUUGUGGGACAAAGUACCUUGACUUAGUGUGUAGCGUGUUCAGUUUCCUUAGCUUGGACUAUCAUGUACAUUUGUUGAUUUUAGUUCGGAAAAUAAAAACAAUUUUCGUGACGGACCGCGAGCGAUUUAUGGCUGUGAGUCUGGCGCGUGUGAUGGACAUGCCUCAACCAGCGCCUGUGAUUCCAUGGAGAGAGCCGGCAGACGAUAUGACUGGACACGGGCCUUUGAUUAGCUCCGUCGGACACCCGGCCGUUCCAGCACCGUCUCAACCGUCCGGUAAUUCCGUCGUGCCGCCUUCGUCUUGUACAACCAUCGUCCCUGUCGACUCCGUCCCCCCCGGGUCACCCCCCGGCGGCAACCACCACAACGGCGGCACGCCCAACUCCAACAUGUCUGAGAACAACAACAACAAGCAACAAAUCGAGUGUGUUGUGUGCGGGGACAAAAGCUCCGGCAAGCACUACGGGCAGUUCACGUGCGAGGGGUGUAAGAGUUUUUUCAAACGGAGUGUCCGCCGAAACCUUACCUACACGUGCCGGGGCAGCAGGAACUGCCCGAUUGACCAGCACCACAGGAACCAGUGCCAGUAUUGCCGGCUGAAAAAAUGCCUCAAGUCUGGAAUGAGGAGGGAAGCCGUCCAGAGAGGCCGUAUCCCACCCACCCAGCACCCAUUUCACGGACAGAUGGCCUUUCACAACGGCGACCCCCUCAACGGCCACACCUACCUGUCCAGCUUCAUCUCCAUGCUCCUGCGGGCCGAGCCCUACCCCACGUCCAGGUUCGGCAACUGCAUGCAGCAGCCCAACAUCAUGGGCAUUGAGAACAUCUGCGAGCUGGCCGCCCGCCUGCUCUUCUCCGCCGUGGAAUGGGCCAGGAACAUCCCGUUUUUUCCGGAACUCCAAGUCACUGACCAGGUGGCGCUGCUCCGCUUGGGCUGGUCUGAACUGUUCGUCCUCAACGCGGCCCAGUGCUCCAUGCCCCUGCAUGUGGCGCCCCUCUUGGCGGCCGCGGGGCUCCACGCCAGCCCGAUGGCGGCCGAGAGGGUGGUGGCUUUCAUGGACCAUAUCCGAAUUUUCCAGGAGCAGGUGGAGAAAUUGAAGGCACUGCAUGUAGACUCGGCUGAGUACAGUUGUCUCAAGGCGAUAGCACUCUUUUCGUCAGAUGCCUGUGGCUUGUCUGACAUGAACCAUAUAGAAAGCAUCCAGGAGAAGUCCCAAUGCGCCCUAGAAGAAUACGUCCGCAGUCAGUACCCCAACCAACCUACCAGGUUCGGCAAGCUGCUCCUCCGCCUCCCCUCCCUACGGACAGUCAGUGCCCAGGUGAUCGAGCAGCUCUUCUUCGUCCGCCUGGUGGGGAAGACGCCCAUCGAGACUCUCAUCCGUGACAUGCUCCUCAGUGGUGGCUCCUUCAGUUGGCCCUACAUGGCCAUUCAAUGACUUCCUGGCCAGCGGUGGCCCUCUGUGUACCUCUGAUAGCAGCUACGACAAAAGUCUGAGCAAAGAUAGUUUUCUAGACAGACUUUCUUGUAUGUUUAUAAAAGGUAUUAAUAUAAUUCUGGAGGUCACUGUGGUUCUACGUCAUCAGGUCAAGGUGACCCUUGCGGGUCAAAGUUGACUGGACAGACAACUGUGCCAUCAUAGAGCAGACGAGAGUCGGCAGACGACGAGACUUAUCAUGAUCUUGUGAUAUUUCAGUAGGGCAGGGUGUCUCCUCAACACUCACUUCUUGACAUUCGAUACCACUGAUUCGAUACUUGAAAUCAGAAUAUUCGAUACCACUUAAAUCGAUACCAUGAUUCUUGAUAUUCGAUACUUCGAUACUUUUGAAUCCUAAACAGACUACGGAUUCGAUACAAGACAAAAAAGUUACGAUUCGAUACCAUAAAUCAAAUGUGCCACAACUCGAUACUAUACAAAGAAUGUUCCAGAAUUGGUUCACGUGAGUUACAUGAGUGUCAAGUCAACAGUUCAACGUGUUGAUCACCUGCUUAGUUUUGACAAUUUACCUACAAACGCUGGAUACAAGUGUCAAACGAUAUCAACCGAACGUUGAUUUCAACACUUGUUUUUUUUUACUCCGCGUCCUUGGUUACAGUUUCAAGGCAUUCACGUGACUCAAGGUGUAACCAUAGCCGUAGCACAAUGCAAUACAGAACUCUAUUCAAAACAGUGGAGGGAGAUAGCAAAACCUUUAUGGCAAACUUAGAUGUUAAUUAUUCAUGUCCCAUCGCCAUAUAUAUAUAUAUAUAUAUAUAUAUAUAUAUAUAUAUAUAUAU